CCUGUGAGGUCAGGUGGGAGGAAGCGGCCACCGUGGACGCCCAGGCCCGCGAGCCGUGCGCGCAGGGUUUCACAAAGCCGAGGCUAUCCCCAAACGUCAGACUGCCCUUUAACCCCUGAUCAUGCAGCCUUCUGCAGUGGAUGGAUUAUAGCCCAGCAGGAAUUCACAGCUCCCAGGAGGAUGGUGAGGAUCUUGGCCAACGGGGAGAUUGUUCAAGAUGAUGACCCGCGAGUGAGGACCACCACGCAGCAGAGAAUUAGCAGUCCUCGGCAGGGUUUUCUCAACAGAGGUCAUGGUGGGCCUCCAGGGGGCCCUGGACCCCGCCAGCAGCAGGCAGGUGCUAGGCUGGGUGCUGCCCAGUCUCCCUUCAAUGACCUGAACCGGCAGCUGGUGAACAUGGGUUUCCCCCAGUGGCAUCUCGGGAACCACGUGGUGGAGCCGGUGACCUCCAUUCUCCUACUUUUCCUGCUCAUGAUGCUUGGGGUCCGUGGCCUCCUGCUAGUGGGCCUGGUCUACCUGGUGUCCCACCUGAGCCGGCGGUGACAGGGAGGGCAGGAGUGUUCAUUAGGAUUGG